AAAAUCCACAAAGUUAUGUUCAACGCUAUGGUGCUUCAUUACAAGAUGCUGCAUCCUUGUUACAAGCUGCACGUCAAGCCGGUGUUGUUGAAGAUAUCUCAGUACCAGGUGGAGCUGCCAUUGGAUUCGGAGCUCAAUCAUAUGGUCAAGAUGUUGAAGCUGGAGCUGGAUUCAUAGGACACAGCGGAGGAGCACAGUUUGCACAGUCAGCCCUCAGCGGAGGAGCACAAGUUGCACAGUCAGCCUACAGCUCUCAACAGGGUUACGAUACAGGAUUUGAAGGUGGAUUCGGUGGCGCUUCAUUCGGCGGAUCUUCGUUCGGCGGUUCGCCAUCAGGAUUUGAAAGCGCAGGUGGAUAUGAAAGUCAAGGAGGAUAUGGAAUUCAAGGUGGACUCUCCAGCUCCGGCUACGAAUCAUCCCAGAGCUUCGGCGGUGCUGCCGUAGGAGCUGAUCAAUUUGAGAGUCAAGGGGCUUCCUUUCAAGGAGGUUAUGAUUCUGGAUUAGGAGGUCACCAAGUCAGUGCAUCAUCAUUUGAAUCAUCAUCUUUUGGAGGUGGAUUUGAUGCUGGUUCAGCUGGAUUUGGAGGAAGUAGUGGAUCAGGAGCCGCUGGAUCAUCAAGCGGUUACGGUGUUGGAUAUGAUCGGAAUUGUUUCAGAAUGAUGUCAUCAGCUAAAACUGGGUUCCCUCAUGAGCCCAUCAAAAAAGCAAGAAGCGUAACGUUAGUAAGGGAAGAAAAUGCUUAUUUUUUUCUUCAUCUAAUAAAUGAACAGGCUUAUGUUGCAUUAGGUGGUGUUAACGGAAGUGCUGGUUUCGGAGGACAACUUUCAUCAUCGUCAUAUGGAGGAUCAGCCGGAGGUCAAGGAGGUUACGGCGGUGUAGGCGGUGAAGCUAGUUAUGCUGGUAUCUCCGGUGGUUUUGAUCCCGUAGCAGCCGCGUUCAGAAUUGCUGACGUUAAUAGAGAUGGUCAUAUAGAUCAAAAUGAAUUUCGUCAAUUCUUUCGAGGUGGUCUUUAA